AUGCACGACUAUUUUUUGAGGACCAAAUUUAAUCUUCUGAACAGCGGACUUUUCAACAGCCUCUACAGAAAUGGUUCCAAGUAUAGAAGUGAUGAAGGGGGAAAGAACCCGGACGUGGGGAGACCUCCAAAUUCGUUUAGCCCCGACACACACCUUCCCGACAGGGGGAACAAAGAGCUGAAUGAGCAGCUGAUUUACUCGUACUACAACAACUUUGCGAAUGAGAGGGGCGCGCGCGCGCAGCCAGAUCGCAGUGGGCAACAGGAACGAAGCGGCAAACACCCCCCCAGCGGAAGUGACCUCUUCGGAAGUGACCGCUCCAGAAGUGAUCGCUCCAGAAGUGAUCGCGGCAAGGGAGAGCAUUCCGACCUGAGCGCGCUGUACGACGGGGCGGGCGGGAACUUCUCCAAAGGCAACUUCAACAUGCACCUGGAGGGGCGCGGGAAGGCCUUCCUGGACUACCGGCCGUACGGCCACAAGGAAGAAGAAAUGCUGUGUGUGGAAAACACCAAACAAGUGAUCAAGGAGGAAGCCUUUUUUUACGAAGAAUUCAAAAAACUAAAAAACGAUGUCAUGGCACUACAAAUUAUGAACGUCAAUCUGCAAAAACAAGUGCUAGCGAACCACAGCAUGAUAGGCCCGUCCAAGGUGGUUCCGCAGCACAUAAUAAUUAACAACAAAACGGAAGUGGCCUCCAAUGCUAUCAGCCAAAUUCAGGACAACAAGAAAAAGGGCAACGGGUUUCUACACGAGCUGCUGAAGAAGCUGCUGAGCAGUAGGGUGACGCAAAUGUUUUUCGUUUCGUCUUUUUUCAUUUCCAUAUAUUUGUUUAACAAGCACUGGCAGCGCGCCCUGAAGGUGUCGCAGCUGGAGAGGCGCAUCAACUCCAAUUUCAUCCUCAGGAGCGUGCGUAUGUUUGAGGAGACCCUGGGCAUGCGCAAGUUCAGCUACGCGUAG